GCGACGGAAAGAGAAAAGAAGAGGCUGUUGACUGUAAAACCGUGGUAUUUAUAGGAUUUUCUCCAUAAACCAUCAGAGAAACGAAAUAAAAUUCACCGUCUACCGGCGUCUCUUCAUGGUUGGACUGUAGUGCAGCAGGGAUGAGGAUCCGGCUGCAGGGUCCUGGCCAUGCUGCCAGCCUCCUUGCUGAGCUCAACGGCUGCCGCCAAUCACGUCGCUACUGUGAUGUGUUCCUACAAGUUGGAAACCGCACAUUCGCAGCACACCGAGCGGUGCUGGCCUGUGCCGGGUCCUACUUCCAAAACCUGUUCACCCGAGCUCCGGCCUCUUCCACCACUGCCUUCUCACUGGAGUUUAUCUCACCGGCCAACUUUGAGAAGGUCCUGACGUUUGUCUACACUGGGGAAAUCCUGACUGAUCUCAUUGAUGUUGGAGUACUGUAUGAGCUGGCUGAGAGGCUGGGUGUAGGUGAACUGGUGAGGGCCUGUCACGCCAUCUUCCCUGACCUGCAAGCGUCUGUGACUGCAAACUGUAAAUCCAGCAGCCCUGGAGACCUCACACUGGACUCAAGCAUGGUAACUGCUGCAUCUGCAGUAGCUAUUGUUAGCACAGCUUCUGUAUCUGCAUCCUCAGUGUGUUCAUCAGCUGCCUCCUGCUCAUCGCUGUCUUCAUCAGCUGGUCUGUCUGCUGCCCCGACUCCUGCUGCUGCUUCCUCACCCCCCUUCACAGCCAGGACAGCCAGAGCAGGCCACGCAACUCACUCUGAUGCUCUGACUCUGAACCUGAAGGCAGAAGAUGUCCAGUCUCAUAUUGGCUAUGGACAAAUGGCAUCAGAUCAUCAACUACCAGAAGGACAUCUACUAACCAGCAGUCAGUCCUGUCAGAACAGCAACAGUGUGUUGCCUUCAGGUCCUGUGCUUCAACUGAAGACUGAGCAGGGGCUGGAAGAGGAGGAUGAGGAGGCAGGAGGCAGCUGUGAGGAAACCAACAGAGAGGGCCGAGUCAGUGGCUCUGUGCCUCAAAGCAGUGAACCUGUGCCUACAGUCUCCUGCUCCUUCCCCGACUCUUCAGCCCAGCUCAUAGCUGAGACCUGCACCCCAACAUCCUCUUUAGGAGAGCCACUGUGCAGCCUGCAGGUCGGGGCAGUGGAAGGCGGAGUGGUAGACAUGCAGAGGGACAGUGGGUUGAUGUUUCGAGAGGCAGCGGGGGAAGAAAAUGAGGAGAGGGAGGCUCUGCAAGGUAAUGGAGCAGUAGAGGGAACAGAGGAGGAGCAGUGGAGACAGCUGGCAAGUGAGAUCAUCGAGUUGAGCGAUGAUGAGAACUUCAUUGAGGAUGGCGAUGAAGAGGACGAUGAAGACGACCUGGUUUGCGUGGAGAAUGGAAAUGGCGGGAGCUCGAGCAGUCAGGUCACAGGAGCCACACUGUCAUGUAAAGCCUGUGCAGUGCCUCUCUCAGCAGACCCUGCUGCCAUUAGAAGACAUGCCGAGACCCAUCUGACAGAGAUGGGUCUUUGCAGGGUGUGUGGGGCUUCCUACCCGGACCAUGCCGCUGGUGUCACCCACGCACUCUCCCACAUCGGAGUGCAGCUCUUCACCUGUGACAUGUGUCACCAGCAAUUCUGCAGCCAAAACAAACUGCUACGGCACCACCACCACUCAUCCUCCAGUUACACCAUACCGCAGGCAGCACUCACCAACAGCAGCCAGGGCCUUGGCUCCGAGCUGCAGUGUGCCGUGUGCACCAAAACCCUCAGCAAGGACUUCCAGACUGUCAAAGACCACCUGCUGAACCAUGUGUGUCCUCAGAGCCUGAGCUGUGGAGUGUGUCACCUCCCCCAGCUCUCCCUGUGCUCCCUGCUGUGGCACACCCUCACCCACCUCUCUUUGCCUGUUUUCACUUGCCCACAUUGUGCCCGCUGCUUUGUAGGGCGCCCCCUCCUGGACAGACAUAUGACUGUUCAUGCUGAGGAGGCAGCAGCUAAGGAGAGGGAGCAGUUGGCACUGAGGACUUACAGAGUUGAGGCAGAUGGAGUUGGGGGAGGAGGUAUGGCAGGCCUGGAAGAGUUGCAUUGCUUCCUUUGCCCACAGACAUUCCGCUCAUCAUCUGCCUUUCAAUACCACCUCAGCCUGCACACCAAUGAGUCUCUGGGGAGUGGAGGAGGUGUCGGGGGCCAGGGCUGGUUUGGCAAACGAAAAGCUGACCAGUCUCUGGAGUGUCCUCCAUCUUCCAGCUCCUCAUCCCCACGGGAUGCAAGUGGCCUCAUUAAAAUAAGCAACCUGGGUUUGGGUCUGGGAAUGGGCUUCAGUGUACCAGAUAAGUUCUUUCAGGGGUCAGUACACAGCUUGUCCUCUGGGGUCUUUUCUAGUGAGAGCGCAGGGCAGGAGGGGGGACCUGCAGCAGCAGGGGUCCGUUACCGCUGCCGCUACUGCGGUAAACGAUUCGCCCACUCGGGGGAGUUCACCUAUCACCUUCGCAUCCACACCGGGGAAAAACCCUACCAGUGCAAAGUCUGUCUACGGUUCUUCAGAGGCCGCUCCACCAUGAUCUGCCACCUGAAGACCCACGCUGGCGCUCUCAUGUACCGCUGCACCGUCUGCGGCCUUUACUUCUCCACGCUGAAGCUGGUGUCGUCACAUAUGGAGCUCCACAAGGACCACCUGCCGCCGGACUUCAACAUCGAGCAGACCUUCAUGUACAACGAUCACUCGAAAGAACCGCUGCCCACUGUGGACUCUUGAUCAGCUCAGUGCCAUCCAGGUGUCAUUACCUCAUCUGCUCCCCCUCUCUCUGUGACCCUAAGCCUGCAUGGGGUUGCAAAAGUACAUACAGUAUAAUGAACUGGGGUUGCGUCUAACAAUGACUUUCAUAAUUGUUUAGAUGCUAACAUAUCAGUAACUUUGUAAACAAUGUCUGUCACUGGCUUAUUUCAAUCAACCAACAGUCAAAAAGAUGUAGUUUAUGACGAUACAAAGCUGAAAAAAAGCAACUCAUAUUUUACAAGCUGAAACCAGAGAGUUUUUGCUAGAUAAAUGAAAUGAUUUUAUUGAGGAUCAAAGGUGUUGUUUAAAUUAAGGUUGUUGUGAUAAUUUGAUUAAGGGUUUCAGCUCAGUUAUAGACUAAGACCUUUAGAAGAUGCUGCAAAUAUUAUCUCUCAGAUGCUCCUUACUGAGACAAACCUGUUUAAAGGUUUAUGUCUUUGAACUAAUAUCAAUGGAAGCCACUUGGUGGCAGUGGAUCCUGUUAUGCGUCCAUGAAACAAGGUGAGCCUAUAGAUUGUUGACUGUUGUGCUUUUGUUCUUCCCAAACCUAAAAUCUGUAUCUCUAUAACUUUUAACUGUCAGGAUAGUUUUGUUUUUUAAGUCGGUGAUCAAUAACUAAUGAAUUAACUGAUUGUCAAGUAACACAUCAAUGUAGCACAGAAAGUAUUUUCCUAUAUUUGAAGUGACUGUUUUCACACGCUGAUAUUUUCAAUGGCCUUGAACCUUUCAUCAGCAGGUAGAACUUGACUGGCCACAUGAAUCGGUGCAUUUAAUUGAGUUGAUUUUGCUUUUGUUUUUGUUUUUUUGAUGCUUCAUGAAAAUGCCAUUCAGUCACACAUGCUGUAUUCACUUGUUGAGAGCAUGUGUCAUUUCUUUUGUGCUGUAGAAACACUUCAAUUAUCACCAUUAUCACCUGUGUCUUACCUCAUAUUUAUGACCGUUCAAUUAUUUAUUUAUUUUAAAUAUUGUUUUUGAAAAUAAAAAAAUAAACAACUUAAGGGAGA